GGUGUUUGUUAUUGAUAUGAGCGCUCAUUUGCAGGACAAAUCUAUCAUUCUACUGAAGUACGUGACUUAGUGCUUUUUCGAGCUGUCAAUACGCCUGAGACUUGUACGAAGUCGUGUGUCCUAUUGGCGUUGACUAUCAGUAUAAAAGCUUUGAUUAAUUUUUGCAAGAACAGUAUACAACGAGCAAUUCAGAAUCAAGAAUAAGCGUUGACAUGAAAACAAUAAUUGCCUGCUUGAUUGCCAUCACCAUUGAUACGAUGGUAAUGGCGUACGAAUGCGGCAGAAUAGAUGGUUGCAUCCAAUCGGCUUGUGCAUUCGGUUAUCACACGGACUGCGUGGACGAAAUAUGCUCGUGCUCAGGUUUCUUACCUUUAUGCAUCACCAGUGAUGAUUGCUUCAAAUCAAUCUGCGCAGACGGCUUUCGCACGGAAUGCGUGGACAGAAUAUGCACGUGCUCAGAUCAAUAUGAUUGCUACUUUCAUGCGGACUGCCAUGACACCGUGAAUUUAAAAUGCCCACAAGCGUGGCAUUGCAUGGACAACAGAUGUCACUGCUACUAAGAAAAUCGGAUGAUGCUCAUUUAUAAAACCUUGUGAUCUGCUGUUGUUUGUGUAUAAUUCAAUUAAAUACA